CUUUGUUGAGGAUGAAAACUUUGGCUACCUAGCCCUUCAGCUUUGUGAGUACACCCUGGAAGAAUACAUUCAACCAGAGAAUUAACUUUUACCAGAAAACCACCAGGAAAAGAUGUAGAAGUCAUUCAUAGUCAGGAUAACAAAGUGCUUCACAGGGACAUCAAACCCCAAAAUGUUUCGGUUAAUAUCCAAGGAAAAGCAAGGCUGGCUGAUUUUGGCAUCAGUAGAAGACUGAAUGUUGGACAGACAAUAUUGCACACAAGGCCUGCAGGAACCAAAUGCUGGGAGGCCACAGAAGUGUUAAAGAGUCUUGAAGAGAAGAGUGAUAGUGGCUUUAAAAGGAGCUCAGAUGUCCAGGUUGCAGGAAUGCUGGUGUACUACAUCCUCUCUUGUGGACACCAUCCUUUUGGGGAAGGGAUUCGCUGUGAGACUAAUAUUCUGGACGGGAAGUACAAUCUGGAUUUGGUGGAAGAUGAGCUGGCUAAAGAUCUGAUUGAGAGAAUGAUCCAAGAUGACCCCAAAGACAGGCCAAGAGUGAAGGACACACUCACUCACCCCUACUUCUGGGAGAAUGAGAGGAGGGUGGAGUUUUUGACAAAAGUUGGUAAUCAGAGUGAAGCAGAGAACUGUCGAAAUGCAGACAAGAAGCUCUUUGAGGACCUGGAGAAAUGCACAGUGGAUAAAACCUUUGCUGACUGGAAAAACAAAUUUUCCCCUGAGCUGGUCCAUAAGCUGGAUAAUCACACGUCGCCUUACCCAGAGAACACUCUGGCUCUGCUGCGUUUCAUACGCAAUCUCUACGAACACCACCCUGAUGAAGCAGAGAGGAUCGACCUGAGGGAACUGUUUCCUGACCUGCUUGCGACUGUCUACAUGUUUGUCGAAGCUAAGAAGUGGAAUUUACGACCCCUCUUGAACAAAUUCUUCCCUUCCUGAAGAUUCAGUCAUUGCUUUGGAUAUCAUCUUUAGGGGAUGUUUAUUGAUAUUUUUAAAUGGGUCCAACAGAUGAUUUUUGUUGAAACUGUCCAGCUUUUAAUUCAUUAAUUAUUUUAGUUUUAGUUGUAUUUAUUAUUCGAAAAAAAUAUAUCAACUACAGUAUGUCUCUGUAUGACUAAUUCAACAUUAAAAUGAAAUAUGGAAUACUCCAACAACAGCAUCAUGUAUUGAAUAUUGUACUGUCUCUUUAAUAUAUCAUUUUUAAGUUGUCUCAGUGGUUUCAUCAUAAUAAUGCUCUCACAGAGCAUGGAUACAAAACAAGACAUGAUGUGUUUUCUCACAGUGACUUCACAACAAAGUGCCACUAGACUCAGUUUCAAGUCAGAAACUGGUGAUUAAGUGCUUGCUUUUCUCUUUUAAAUGGACUUAGGGUACUAGAGAGCAUUAACCAAUUGCUUUUGGUUUCUUCUAUCUGGAUACAAAAGUGGAUGUUUCUGAUAAAAGCACAAUUAUAUUUGACCUUGAACUGAGACUUUGAUUUACCUUAUUUGAAUGUGGUUACGAUUACAAUUACUUUUUUUUUGU